AUGACAGAUUCGCGGGACCCGAAGCCACAGAUCUCAAGAAGCAAGGCACAACGUCGGGCGAUGGCGGAAGGGAAGCUCGUGGAGACAGUGAACGCUCUGACGGGGACCGAUUUCUUUGCAAAAUAUGCUCCACGGGAACUCUUGACCGAAUUGGGGGUCUGUCAGACUGGAGUAGAGUUGUCGAGGCUGGAAGUGGACGCCGCCAAUCUACCCAGUCGAUGGUUGGACGCAUGCCUGAAGUUAGUCGAGGAGACCAGUGCGCAGGACUACCAGAACUCGGAGGUAAAGUGGUCGCCCUCCAAGAAGAGAAGGGAGAUGAAGUUGCCAGACUUGAAAUACAUUGUUCUAAUCCACGGCACCUCUGAUCUGGUCGGCUUCAUCUCUUUCAUGAUCACAUAUGAGGAUGGUUACGAGGUCAUCUAUGUCUACGAGAUUCAUUUUACUCCCGAAUGGCAGGGUAAAGGAUUGGGAAAGAAACUCAUGAAGAUCGCCGAGAUCAUUGGUCAGAACGUCGGCAUAACCAAAAUCAUGUUGACUGUCUUUAGGGCCAAUCGACGAGCUGUCGCCUGGUAUACGCAACUAGGUUAUGAAGAAGACGACUUCUCUCCCAGUCCACGCAGGUUAAGAAAUGGUACCAUCAAAGAACCGAGUCACAUCAUUCUCUCGAAACCAGUGAAAUGA